AUGGCAGAUGAUUGGGAGCAGCCAGACGGCAGCAACAAACGUGUGUAUGAGCAGUUCCUCGAAGGCGAUGAAAUGCGAGACCUUUUCAAUAUGCCCCAGCCGACGGAGAAGCCGCAUCACGAAGUCCCUGCUGAAGUGGGAGAGUCCGACAGCCUUGACAUGAAAUUUUACGAAUACUUUGCCCUUCUUGACGAUCCUGCAGUGCGAGAGAUCUUCGAAUCAUUGUCGCCGUCAGAGAUUUCUCAUCAGAUCAACGAUUGCCCGCCUGCACAAGGAAUACCGCAGGCAGAACGCGACGCAAAUCUUGGUAAGAGUGUUCCGUACACCCAAACCUGGUUUGACCCAUCUCCAAAUCCUCAGGAACAACUUUACUUGCAAAAUCCCCAAGGAACACUGCUUGACGAUUUCUUUCAAUCCACUCCAGCUCCGCAGGGCGCAAUCAACUUCGACAGCUGUUUUGCUGGUAGAGGCAAGCUUAUACCUUCCGCGGAAGUUAUGGCUGAUCUUCAGCCCGAUGUGAUGGAGGUUGAUGAUCCCUUUAGCCUGCCAGAAUUGCAUGGGUCGCCUUCGCUAGACUAUGAACACGACAUCAUGGCCGCCGCCCAACAGCUGAUAGCGACCAAAGAACAGCCUGCACAAGCCUCCCAACCGCCAAAGAAAGAGGGACGACGUAGACGAAGGAUAGGAAAGAUUAAACAGAUCCCUGGCUUCCCCUCCUCCUCAGAACCUCUUCCUUCCAAUCUCAGCCUCGAGGAAAUGUGCCGUUCCUGGCCAAACCAUCUCCAUGGAGUUUCCCUCGAACCGUUCGUUGAGGCAGGGUGGAACGGUAGGAUGGUCUGGGAUCAUAUGCCGGAAGCAGCAAAAGAUGGUUCCAAGCGACAAGCUUGGAACAAGAUGGUUAAGCGACUGACACGUACGAAACAACAGAUGGAGCUCGAAGGUAGAGGACCGGUGGGAGCCGGUCUGACUCCUGAGGCUAUGUGGAAGAAUCUUGUGGGCGAAACUUCUGGAGAUGCUGCCCAGCAGUAUGUGGCCGUCAAUGCCCACAACGGCUCAUUGACCACGUUACACAAUCCACAACAUGCCGAAGCUUUGCAAGACAUCACAUCCUACCAAAACAACCAACCUAAGCCGGAAAACCCCUUCGAAGCGAUGCGUUGUGCGUUUCGAGCAGAGCUUGAUGAGCAACAUGCGACGAUUGCACUGCUCCUGGCACAGCAGCGGGCAGAUUGGCUUCUGAUCUCCUUUGACGAAGUCACAUCUCGUAUCACGCAGACGUGGAUGGAACAUGCCCAUGAGCACGAAGCUCGGUUCAUCCGUGAGAACUGGAUUGAUGAUGAGGACAUCCCCUUCGAUCCAGUGAGCCGAGUCGAUAUGCUGAAGCGCCUUGGUGAGCUUAUAUGUAGGCUUCUUCUAGCAUCGAACCCUCCACGACCUGCUACCAAUGAACAGGAGGAAGAAGCGUUCCGACAAAGCCACUACCUUCGUGUUCUAGGAGAGGAGCUUUCUAUCCUGAAAGGUUGGACAAGUGCUUGGAAAUGGCAGGUGGAGCAAUUUAACGCUGAUAGUUACUUUGGGAUAGUUGACGGAGCGGCAGAGCAGUCGGGCGGAGGGAGCCAAGAACAGAACGAGCAACUGCUAGAAGAGACGCCGUCAUUCCAGUCGGCUUUUUCGGCAUUUGACCCCAACACCUCAGCAACAGAAGCCGGAGUUCUGAGCCACGGCGAGCAGACGUCGAUUCCCCAAACGUUUCUUGAUCAGUCAUGGGCACAAGACACAUGGCUCAGCUCUGACGCGCCAACACCAACCUUUCAGACGUUUCUCGACCAGCUCCAGACCCAAGUAACGGCAGACCCAUCUCUAAACCGUGUCAAUGACCCACCGAGCACCAAAAAAGCCAAAGGCGGUCGAAGGAAGCUUCGAAUGUUCCCGCAUGCGCCUUCGAAAGAUGUCAUCCUCUCCCAGCAAGAUCUCGCCGAUCUAGACCACAUUAUGGCGAAUUUCCCCGAACAUCUUGCCCUGCCACAUGUCAUGGUGCGUUAUUUGUGCCCCCCGGGUACCCGACAAGGGUGCCACGAUGGUGCUUAUUUCACGAACGACAUGGUCGAAAAGCUUUUUCAUCACCACAAUGCCAAGCAUGGCUCUGAUCUGGAUCACCCAGAUAGGUUCAAAGGUAUACAUGACUGGGUCAUGACGCAGAAAGACGCGGCACGCAAAUAUCGGCGAGGUGGCUUACCACGUAGACCGAAGCUGGCCAAUUCAUCGGCCGGUGGCCGUCAGGAAGAUUCUCAGAAUGACGGGGUGUAUGGAGACCAGAUUCGCGAAGAACGCUUCGACGUUGACCCAGCCCUGGUCGGACAGCACCAGCAGAGCAACGACAAUUUCAUGCCAGCUGCUCAGUUCACGAGUCAGCCAAUUAGGUUUGAAGCGGAACUGGCCCAACUCCCAGGAGUAUCUGCAGAGCAGGAGGCGCCAGAGCAGGAGACGCAGGAGCACUUGGAUGAUCAAGCAUUUUUUGACGAACUUGCUAUGCUUCUUGAACCUCGGUCGUUUGGAUAG